AUGUCAUUAGACAGAUUUAUUCGCCUAGCUGAUAGCUUGGUGGAGUUUGAGGCGUCACUCAAUAGCAAUGAGUUCCCCGUAUCCACACGUUGCCUUUUAGAUGCGCACAUCGGGGAAACAAAAUCUACUUGGGAAAGACUUAGAGUAAUAUAUGAACAAUGUUUGGAUGACUUGUCCAACAAAGAAGAGAGUGAGAAAGAGGCGGAUGACGAAGCGUCAGAAAUCGAGACAGUGAAACAAAAAUAUAGGAAUUCGUAUUCCACCUACUGUCGCAUCAUAUCAAAGUUAACUGAAGCUUUAGAAAACAUGUCGAACAUAGUUCACAGUCCCUCUCCUAGCCUUCAACCAUCUCCAAACAACCCUUUCCAUUUGCCUCCAAUAGAGCUUCCCACCUUCAAUGGUGAUUAUAGGUCAUGGCCUACGUUCCGCGAUAUGUUUUCCGCAGUUUGUAUCCGCAAUUCAAAGUUGUGCCCGGUAGGAAAGCUUUUCCAUUUGUCGCAGAAAACUAAGGGAGAAGCUCAUGAGAUUGUAGCCAAAAGUCCUCUAACCAAUGAUGGCUUCCAGAAUGCCUGGAGUAACCUGUGUGCGCCCUAUGAGAACAAAAGGGUUCUUGUUAAUUAG